AUGGCGGCCCCCGGCGGGCUGGGCCGCUGCGUGGCCGCCUUCUGGCUGGCCCUGGCCUUUGACGCGCUGGGCCUGGCGGUGCUGCUGGCCGGUGUGUUCGCCGACGUGUUCUUCUCCGACCUGCUUAUCUACGCGGGCGGCAUCGGCAUCUUCCUCAGCCUCAUCUGGUGGGUGUUCUGGUACGCGGGCAACCUGGAGGUGCCGCCGGAGGAGCUGCGGGACGACGUCGGGCUGACACCGCCCAAGGGCCGCGGGGACAGCACGCUGCGGGGGCUGGUGCACCGCCUCAGCCGCCGCCUCUCCUCCGCCUUCGCUGCCGCGCCGCGCUCCCGCGCUCCCGCCGACCUGGAGCUGCAGCGCGCGGCCGCCCCGCGGGGCCGCCCCGCCGACCCCGGCAGGUGA